GUCCAGGGGUUUUAGUGUGAUUGUUUUGAUCCCCUUUUUUUCCUUCUAUAGAAAUGCCACAACUCAGAGAAAGAGAAAAAGGGAAGUUUUUGUUAUAUAACCAUUUCAAUUAGCAUCACUUCUUCUGCUACCUCUCAAAGCCUAAACCACUGAGUUUCCACCAUGAAUGAUUGGUCUGCUACACAUUAUUGCAGAGGAGGGGAAUCAGGUUGGACUAUGUACUUAGACCAAUCCUAUACUUCUGGGGGCGGGGUGGGUGAGAAUUACAGGGAAAUAGAAGCAAAAGUAAGAGCAGAGAAGGAUGAAGAAGAAGAUCUAUCAAUGGUGUCUGAUGCUUCCUCAGGUCCACCAAAUUACAAUGAAGAAUGCUUUUACAAUAAUGGGUAUUCAGCUUCAGAAUCAGCAAUGAAUUGUAGCCGGGAGGAGAAAAAGAAGAGCAAGAAGGGGAAACAAAAUGGCAGAAAUGACCAACAUUCUUAUCUCGAUGACACUGCUAGCUCCACUAUAUAUGGCUAUGGCUAUGGCUAUGGCUAUGGCUAUGGCAAAGCAAGUAAAAUUAAUGGAGCAUCAAGCAACGAAGCAUUGGAGACGAAUGCAAUAGAACUUUCUCAGGGAUUCUCCGCAACCCACGUUAAGAGAAAACCUGCAGUGAAGAAACGCUUCGACUUCUAUCGCUCUGAAAGAUCAGCACCCGAAGAAUGAGGGUAUUACCAAUUCCGCCGCAGAAGAAUGAUAACGACAUGUUAUUUAUGUAUAUAAGGAACAUUGUUCCUUUUGUUAUUAUUUUUAGUUUCAAUUUAAUUUUCCCCCAAUGUGUUAGCUGUGUGCUUUCUCUUUUACACGUUCUUGUCAUUGCAAUGGGAAAGUGGAAGCACUAAAAAU